AUGGAUAGAGUUAGUUUUUCAGUUAACGGCGUAAAGCAUUCGGUUGGUUGCGAGGUGAGGUCCACCACUACUCUUCUGGACUAUCUUCGCUGUCACCUCGAGCUUCGCGGCACCAAGUACAAGUGUCUGGAGGCAGGGUGCGGCGCGUGUAUUGUGAGCGCUGUCAAGAACCAUGGCGAAGCACCUCAGGGCUUGAACUCGUGUAUGGUGAUGAUAACAUCAUGUCAAGACUGGGAUAUCACGACAAUAGAGAAAGUAGGGAACCGGUUGGAGGGGUACCAUUCACUGCAGACCACGCUAGCGGCUAAAGGAGGGUCACAAUGUGGCUACUGCUCACCGGGUAUGGUCAUGAAUAUGUACAGUUAUUUGAAAGCCGAACCACGCACAAUGCUAGAAAUAGAAAAGGCCAUAGGAAGCAAUCUUUGCCGAUGUACAGGAUACAGACCAAUAUUGGAGGCAUUCAAGACGUUCGCCUCGGAUGCUCCAAAACCAACCGAUAUAUUGGAUAUCGAAGACUUAAAAAUAUGUGAGAAAUCUGGAGAGUUAUGUUCGGGAUUCAAAUGUGAAUUUUCUGAUUGGUGUCUGGUUCCCAAGCAAAACAAACUAUUACAUAUAAAACUAAGUGAUGAUAGAGAUUGGUACAGAGUGGAGACUUUAAUAGAAGUGUUCAAUAUAUGGCAGGAGAAAGGGACGGCAUCUUAUAUGUUAGUUAAUGGAAAUACGGGAAAAGGGGUUUAUCCAAUAUUAGAGUAUCCAAAACUGUUAAUAGAUAUAAGUUGCGUAGCCGAGCUUGUAGGUUAUUAUAUAGACCAAAACCUGGUGCUUGGCGGUGGAACAACGCUGGUUGAUGUUUUAAAAAUAUUUAAAACAUUAGCCGACAGUGAAGGUUUUAGAUAUCUCCAAGUAUUACAUGAUCAUAUAGAGAAGGUGGCUCACGUAACUGUCAGAAACUUAGCAACUGUGGCUGGCAAUUUAAUUUUAAAGAAUCAACAUUCUGACUUUAAAUCAGAUAUAUUUCUUCUUUUCGAAACCGUGGGCGCAGAUAUAACUAUAUUGACUGGGCCUAACCAAAAAAAAGUUUUAACGAUGCAAGAAUUUCUGUUAGAAAAUAUGACGGGAAAAAUUAUUCUCAACAUUCUGCUACCACCGUUGAGUAAUGAAAAUAAAAUUGCAACAUUUAAGAUAAUGCCACGUUUCCAGAAUGCCCAUGCUCUCGUCCACGCUGGUUUUCUCUAUAAAAUCGACGAAAGAUCUACAGUCAUAGACAGUAGAAUUGUAUACAGCGGUCUCUCUGCAACGAUUACUCGUGCAUAUGAAACUGAACUGUAUUUAAGAGGCAAAGUCCUUUUUACAAAUGAAACACUACAGUGUGCGGUGGACAUUCUGAAGAAAGAGCUUGUGUUUGUCAAUAAUUUGCUAGACCCACCUGUUAUGUAUAAGUUACAAGUAUCCUUGGGGCUGUUUUAUAAGGGCCUUUUGGAGUUGUGCCCACCACACAUUUUAAAUCCAAUUUAUUACUCUGGUUCCAUUAAAGUAAGGGAUACCAGACCUGUAUCAAAAAGCUCACAGGUUUUUGAAACGAAUCCAACAUUGUGGCCUCUCAACGAACCUAUACCAAAAAUUGACGGCUUGGUACAAUGCGCUGGAGAAGCGAAAUAUACAGACGAUGUACCAUCUCUCCCUGGGGAAGUAUUUCUGGCGUUUGUUUUGGCUAAAGUUCCACUUGGUACUAUCCAGAAAAUUGAUGCUUCAAUAGCUUUGAGUGAACCUGGUGUUAUAGCAUUCUAUUCAGCAGCGGAUAUUCCAGGCGUUAAUAGUUUUAUACCGGCCCCUAAUAUAUACAACUUACGAGACGAAGAGUUAUUCUGCAAUGGUGAAGUUAAAUACUACGAUCAACCUAUUGGUGUAAUUGUUGCAGAGUGUCAAAGUAUUGCCAACAAAGCAGCUACUUUAGUACACGUUGAAUAUUCUAAUGUAAGGAACCCCCUUAUUGAUGUCAAGAUUAAUAAAUAUGUUCCAAAUAAAUUUACUGAAUUCAUGAAAUAUCCAGCAACGGAGGUAGGAAACGAUACCACUAAAAUAAUAAUAGCUGAAGAUACCAUUUACUCUCAAUAUCCUUUUACUAUGGAGACCUUAGCAUGUGUUGCGUAUCCCACAGAAGAAGGUAUAAAAAUGGUAGCCGCGACGCAAUGGAUGGAUUUGGUGCAGCAAGCAACUUCAAGGGUUCUGAAAAUAAAUGAAAACAGAGUUGACGUUUACGUCCGAAGACUUGGCGGUGCGUAUGGCUACAAAAUAAGUAGAUCUGCACAGAUUGCUGUGGCUUGUAGUUUGGUUGUCUAUAAACUUAAUCGUCCAUGUAGAUUUAAUACCCCAAUUGAGGUAAAUAUGGGAGCAACUGGAAAGCGCUUUCCCUGUUCUAGAAACUAUGAAGUUCACGUAAAUUCUACAGGAGAAAUUCAGUACAUUAAAAAUGAUCAAUUUAGUGACAAUGGUUAUGUAUACAAUGAACCUUUACUACAAUUUUCAUCUGAUGUUUACUAUCAUUGCUAUAAAAAGGAACGUUGGAACCAUACUGCAUAUAACGUUAUAACAGAUACUGCAUCCAACACUUGGGUCAGAUCUCCUGGUUCAUUAGAAGCAGUAGCGAUGGCUGAAUUGGUAAUUGAACGUAUAUCGUAUGAGCUCAAUUUGGAUGCACUUGAAGUCCGUUUGGAAAAUUUGGACAGAGUAGCACACAGUGAUUUGAUAGAAUUGACGGACACUUUGAAAUCGAACUCGCAAUACUAUGAAAGAAAAGUUGUAGUCGAUGAAUAUAACAGAAACAACAGAUGGAAAAAACGAGGUUUAAGAUUUAGUUGGCUAAGAUGGCUAACAUCUGGAUUCCAGAAUUUGGAAAUAACAAUGUCAGUGUAUGUUGAUGACGGUACAGUAUCCAUAGUACAUGGUGGAAUUGAAAUGGGCCAAGGGAUAAAUACAGUGGCAACACAAAUAGCUGCAUACUUCCUAAAAUUAUCCAUCGAUAAGAUACAGGUUAAGCCUAAUGAUACUAUGAUUGCUCCUAAUUGUAUUGGAUCUGCAGCCAGCAUAACUACUCAAAAUGUGGGAAUAGGGGUACGGAGAUGUUGUGAACAACUUUUACAAAGACUGGCACCCAUACGCAAUCAGAUGAAAAAUCCAACUUGGGUCGACUUGAUAAAAGAAGCGUUUAGGCAACAAGUUGACUUACAAGUGCAUUAUUAUACUAAUAUGAAUGACUCUCAGAGAUAUGAUGUUUAUGGAGUGACAUUGGCUGAAGUUGAGGUAGAUGUUUUAACAGGCGAACAUACAAUACUUCGAGUUGAUUUAAUUGAAGAUGUUGGGCGAAGUGUAAAUCCUGACAUAGACCUUGGUCAAAUAGAAGGAGCUUUUAUUAUGGGUGUUGGGUACUGGACCAGUGAACAUCUAGUAUACCACCCUGACACCGGCGAGCUGCUCACUAAUCGUACUUGGGAAUAUUGGAUCCCUCAAGCUUUAGAUAUUCCUCAAGAUUUCCGAGUAUACUUCAGAAGACGAUCCUUUAGUAAUGACACUAUUCUUGGAGCAAAAGCGACGGGAGAGCCUGCUACGUGUAUGGCCGUUUCAAUUGCUUUCGCUCUGAGGGAAGCGAUAUCCAUAGCGAGGCUUGAUUCAGGAAUACCAACAAACCAAUGGUUCCAGAUAGAUGGACCAUUCACAGUGGAUAGAAUAUGUGUCGCAUGCGAAACAAACUCAAAAGAUUUCAAAUUUAAUUAA